AUGGACCCGGGCGACUGGGUCGAGGAGAACUGCCCAUGGCUCUUUGACGGGUUCCGUCCCUGCCACUGGCACGAUCGCGACCACCAUGACUAUGGGUUCUGUCCCACGUCGAAGCGCAAGGCGUUCAAGCUUGUGAAGUAUACCGAUACGGAAGAGGGCAACUUCACGCAGUUGGUGGUUGGGGAUAGCAACUAUGUCAAGCUGUUUUCCACUGCGGAGGCUCAGUCCGGAGAUCAGGACCAGACUUCGAGUGAGAUGCACGGUGUGGCCAAAGACUUGGGCGACGACACGAUGCUCGUCGACAACAUAGAUGCCCAAAGGUCCGAGGAGACCUCCUCAAAGGCCGAGCACGCAGAGCAGACGCAGAAGGGAGGCACGGACAUGGCGGUCUCGGAGAGCGCCGAUGCUGAGGCCGUUUCUACUGGCAAGGCGCAUGGCCAGACUCAGAAUGAUAUUCACGACGACGACACCCUUCUAGGUCUCGGUCCCAUCGCAGGACACGAGGAAGCAAGCCAGAAAUGGGAUAUCGGCAGCUUGAGAGGCAGCAGUGCAAUCGCAAUCGUACAACUUGUCCGAUGUUCUCGGGGAUAA